AUGUUACAAACGAAAUCGGCUGACCUAUCUACCCAACCCUUGGUUGGAGUUUGGAAUCCUAAGACCCCCUUGGAGAAAGGAUGUACAAUAGAUCUGACUCACUCUAUUCCAAAUGUAUCUUUGUACAUUCAUAUCCAACAUGGGUCUACUCAAACUUUCCAAGCAACAUUGCUCAUUACAUGUUUUGAGAAUCUCAAACAGCUAUUCUUAAACACAUGUAUUUAUAAUAUCUGGCAUGAGAGAACAGUAUUGAGUUGUCUCACUGUCCAGAUAAAGGUUGCUACACUGAAUCUAAUUGGAAUGGAGAAUCAAUCUCUUUACUGGGGAAGAAAGAAGAAGGUUCAACUUCAAGGGAGUCACAAGCUCCCUACUACAAAUAACUAUGCUACUGACCUCUCAAGUCAUGAAGACGAUGCCCGAAGGCUGCAAGCGAGUGCAAGAAGUAUGAAUAAGAAGAUGAAGAUACUACAGUACUCUUUGGGUAAUUCGAUAUCUGCCAAACGACAUUUGUUCCAGUCCACGGGAAAGCUGUCAAUGAUCUUGGAGUUUGCCACAUUACAUUUUGCCUGA